AAAGAAUUCAUGAUAAAGUGCAUGAAAGAAGCAGAUAGAAAAAAGUGUAAAUCUAUCGCCUUCCCUGCAAUCGGAGCUGGAUCUCUUGGCUAUCCGUUACAUGUUGUGGCAGAUCAGAUGUUUAAUACAGCCCAUAAAUGGUGUGAUGAAAAUAGCAAGAGCAGUAUAGAAAAUAUUACAUUUGUCAUAUAUCAUACAGAUGAAGAGGCCCUUGAGGCUUUUAAAUUUGCAGAGAAAGCAUACAUUCAAAACAAUACGAAAUCACCUGUUAAGGAACCAAGAGCUACACAAAUUUCACCCAGACAAGCAGCUGAUUCAAGCACAGAUGUUAGUAAUACAUCACACGGACAAGUUAAGACUAAGACAGUCAGCAGUAUAGAACAGAGUUCCAGUUUAAAACACAGUCUGAAGUUGACACAUACCACUGUUAUGCAUGUUCAAAAUCCUGAGAGUAUCGGAAGUGCAGUUCAACCAGAUGUAGAAGAGAUGAUUAUUCUGCCCACAGCAAAUACAGGGUGUUUGAUGCAGUUCUUCAACAUAAAUCUCCUGCAAAGUUUAGGAAAGGAAGGCUGUGAUAUUUUCUUUAAUGAUGACACUGUUUGUGUCAAAGGGACAGAGGAAAUUACUAAAAUGGGCAAACAAAAAUUGAAAGAAGCCAUUGAAGAAUUAAGUAGCUUAUGUGUAGAAACUAUCAGCAUACCAAGGAGGUUUGAACCGAUGAUUAUUAACCAAGAAGUAAAUAAUAUUGAAAGUGAUAUGGAUGUUUAUUGUAAUAUUGAUACAUUAAAGAAGAAUGUGACUUUCUAUGGCAAAACCAUGAACCAAGUUACUGAAGCAAAAGUUAGGUUGGAAAGACUCUUUGCAGCACAUCAGACAACUAAUACUUCUCAGGCAUUACAACUUGAAGAUGAGUUUGAAAAUGAUACAAGCAUGAAAAGAGUUAGUGAUAAGCAAAAGAAGCCAGCUGAAAGUCGUUCUUUUUGGUCAUGGGAUGCAAAAAAGUUUAUCACUUUUGUCACCAGUGAGAAUAUAGAAAUUAAAGUUUAUAGUGCAGAUAUCUUGUCAUCAUUACCUGUUGACUGUAUUGUUAAUGCUGCAAAUAUCAACUUAGCACAUGGUGGUGGAGUUGCAAAAGCAAUUGCAAAGGCAGGAGGAAAAGAUCUUACACAGGAAGGGCAUGACUACCUAAAAAGUCAUGGCAAAUUAAAAGUAGGAGAGGCAUGCUAUACCAAAGCUGGACAACUGCCAUAUAAACUGGUAAUUCAUGCUGUUGGUCCAUGUUGGUCAGACUAUGCACCACAUUCGCAGGUAUGAAUUUAGCUUUGAUGAAAGGAAGUAUUCACAGAUAUUUAUAUCCCCGCCAAUCUUUGUUUGUGGGGGCUGGUCAAAAUUGACUUCGUCCCAGGGUCAAUGG